AUGAUGCGACGUGUAUCUUUCCGUGGUGGUAUGGCUUUAACAGCUGCUUUGAUGAAAUGCAGCCGCGGUGGUGUUACGGCUUCUUCAACAAUGAUGCCGUUCUCUCUCUCAAGUGGUGUGCAAUGCCGUCUGCAAUCAAGUGUGGCUCCAUGGGGCAGUGGUGGAAGUGGUGGAAGUGGUGGAAACAGCAACAACGGCAACAAUCAACAACAAGGACGUGCGUGGGUGAACCCGCAGGCGGUGCCUCCUGGUGAGUUUCUAAACAAGUAUGCGCGUAACUUAACAGAGGAGGCGCGUCUUGGUCGUCUGGAUCCUAUCAUUGGUCGUGAGGAGAUUAUUCGUCGUACAAUUCAAGUGUUAAGCCGACGGACGAAAAAUAACCCUGUACUCAUUGGUGAACCUGGUGUGGGUAAGACCGCCAUUGUGGAGGGUUUGGCCCAACGUAUUGUGAGUGGUGAGGUGCCGGAGAGCAUUAAAAACAAAAAGGUAUAUGCACUUGAUAUGGGAUCCCUUGUGGCUGGAGCUAAAUAUCGUGGUGAAUUUGAAGAACGACUAAAGGGGGUAUUGAAGGAUACGAUUGAGUCACAGGGAAAAGUUAUUCUCUUCAUUGAUGAACUACACACAUUGGUUGGAGCUGGUGCAUCUGGUGAUGGUUCUAUGGAUGCGGCGAACUUGUUAAAACCAUCUCUCGCACGUGGUGAGUUGCACUGCGUGGGUGCGACCACACUGGAUGAGUAUCGUCGACAUAUUGAAAAAGAUGCCGCACUCGCGCGAAGGUUUCAAUCAGUACUUGUGACGGAACCAACCGUGGAGGAAACUAUUUCGGUGCUACGUGGUAUUAAAGAAAAGUAUGAGGCACAUCAUGGUUGUCUUAUUAAAGAUGAAGCACUUGUGUAUGCGGCGGUGAAUUCACAUCGUUAUCUCUCUGAUCGUCGAUUACCCGAUAAGGCGAUUGAUCUCAUUGAUGAGGCGGCGAGUCGUCUGCGAUUGCAACAGGAGUCCAAACCAGAACAGUUGGACAGUGUGGAACGUGAAUUGGUACGACUAAAGAUUGAGGCCGAGGCUGUAAAGAAGGACAAGGAUGAACUUGGCAAAGCGAAACUUGAACAAAUAUACAAACGUAUUGAAGAACGACAAAAGGAAUAUGAUGAACUGGAGGUACGCUGGAAAAAGGAAAAGGCUAUGUUUGAUCGCAUUAAACAACGUACAGAAGAUUUGGAUGUCUUGCGGCAUCAAUAUGAACAGGCACGAACGGAGGGUGACUUUGCGCGGGCAUCUGAAAUUUUACAUGGUCGUAUUCCUGAAGUGAAAAAAGAAAUUGAGGCGGAUAAACUUGCCACUAAGAAGGAAGGAUUCCUUACACAUGACUCUGUUACAUCUGCGGAUAUUGCCCAAGUAAUUGCCCGAGCUACAGGUAUUCCUGUUCAGAAACUCAUGACAGGUGAACGUGAGAAACUUAUUCACAUGGAUGAGGAACUUCGCCGACGUGUGUUGGGACAAGAUGAGGCGAUUGCAUCUAUUACAAAUGUUGUACGCAUCUCACGUGCCGAGUUACACUCUCACAAACGCCCAUUGGGCUCAUUUCUCUUUCUCGGUCCCACUGGUGUUGGUAAGACAGAAGUAUGUAAACAACUGGCGAAAUUCCUCUUUGAUGAUGAGUCUUUUAUUUGCCGUAUUGAUAUGAGUGAAUACAUGGAGCGACACUCUGUACAUCGUCUGAUUGGAGCUCCACCAGGUUAUGUUGGAUAUGAAGAGGGUGGUCAACUCACCGAGUCUGUACGCCGACGACCAUAUCAAAUUGUUCUCUUUGAUGAGUUUGAAAAGGCACAUCCAAGUGUUUCCAAUAUUCUCCUUCAGGUAUUGGAUGAGGGACACCUCACAGACAGUCACGGAAGACGUGUGGACUUUAAGAAUACCAUCAUUAUUCUCACAUCCAACAUUGGGGCCGAUAUCAUCGCGGCAUUACCAGAAGGGGUGCCAUCCUCACAUGCCAUGAAAGAUGUAAUGCGGCAAGUUCAACAGCGAAUGACACCAGAGUUUAUUAAUCGUCUGGAUGAUAUUAUCAUGUUUAACCGUCUCGGCAGACCAGAAAUUCGUAAGAUUGUUGAAUUACUAUUUGAACAAGUCAGUGCUAUGCUAAAGGAACAAGAAAUCACACUUGAGGUUCCAACAGAAGUGUACGAUUGGUUUGCGGCGAAGGGUUACAGUCCAGUCUACGGCGCACGACCUCUUAAGCGCCUCAUGCAAACAUCAUUACUGAACCAACUCGCAUUGAUGUUGCUUGACGGCCGUAUUCGAAGUAAAGAUACGGUAAAGCUCGAGAUACGGAAUGACAGUGUUUAUGUUGUGCCAAAUCACAAGGCCAUCACAACAGCGAAUAGCUCUACUGACGAUAUUGGACUCAUUAAUUAA